GCUGGUCAAUGGUAGAGGUAGUGGGCGUGAGUGCGGCCGGGCGUUUGGUUGCUGAGCAGCGCACGCAGACGGGCUUCUGGGCGGGGGGCGCGUGUCCGUGGAGGGAGGCUCGGUGGCUGCAGAGAGGCGGCGGAAGCGCCGCUGCGGGGUCUCCCGAGAAAUGUGAAACCUGCGCAUCUUCCUCGCGCUUCCGCACCCCGGUUCGCUCGCCUGCCUGCUGGCUGCGUCGCCUCCGCCGGCCUCCCGGUUGGGCCCCGCGUGAUGUCGUGAUCCACAGGCGGACGUGCGACCAGACGGGCGGCGCUCAGGCAGCAGCUGCUGCCGAUGGGGCUGCUCCGGAUUAUGCUGCCGCCGAAGUUGCAGCUCCUGGCGGUGGUGGCGUUCGGAGUGUCCGUCCUUUUCCUGGAGAAUCAGAUCCAGAAGCUUGAGGAGUCCCGCGGGAAGCUGGAAAGGGCUAUUGCAAAACAUGAAGUUCGAGAAAUUGAGCAACGUCAUACGAUAGAUGGCUCUCGGUCAGAUGUGACUCUGGAUGAAGAUGAUGAUGUGGUGAUAAUUUAUAAUCGAGUCCCUAAAACUGCUAGUACUUCAUUUACAAACAUUGCUUAUGAUCUUUGUGGAAGAAACAAGUAUCAUGUACUGCAUAUCAACACAACCAAAAAUAAUCCUGUUAUGUCACUGCAAGAUCAGGUACGAUUUGUGAAGAAUGUAACUUCCUGGAAAGAAAUGAAACCAGGAUUUUAUCAUGGACAUAUAUCCUUUUUGGAUUUCACAAAAUUUGGUAUUAAAAAGAAACCAAUAUACAUCAAUGUUAUAAGAGAUCCUAUAGAGCGACUGGUUUCUUACUACUACUUUCUGCGUUUCGGUGAUGAUUACAGGCCUGGACUCCGAAGGCGAAAGCAAGGGGAUAAAAAAACCUUUGAUGAAUGUGUAGCAGCUGGAGGCACAGAUUGUGCCCCUGAGAAACUCUGGCUUCAAAUUCCAUUCUUCUGUGGCCACAGCUCUGAAUGCUGGAAUGCGGGGAGCAGAUGGGCUUUGGAACAAGCCAAAUACAACUUGAUUAAUGAAUAUUUCCUAGUGGGAGUUACUGAAGAGCUUGAAGACUUUAUUAUGUUGUUGGAGGCAGCUUUGCCCCGUUUCUUCAGGGGUGCAACAGAACUGUAUCGCACAGGAAAGAAGUCCCAUCUUAGGAAGACAACGGAGAAGAAACUUCCUACGAAAGAAACCAUUGCAAAGCUCCAGCAGUCUGAAAUGUGGAAAAUGGAGAAUGAGUUCUAUGACUUUGCACUGGAGCAAUUUCAGUUCAUCAGAGCACAUGCAGUUCGAGAAAAAGAUGGAGAAUUGUAUAUUCUGGCGCAAAACUUUUUCUAUGAAAAGAUCUACCCUAAAUCGAACUAAGAGCAAUGAGUAUUGUUAGAUUAGGGGACUAAACCUUUGGCCAUGUCAUUGUUUUCAGUCCCAACAUGUAGAUGAUUGCUGAUAUACCAUCCCAGGCACAUUAGUCUUGAGCUCGGUAGACUAAGCUACGGAUUGUUCAAAGAAGAUGGCUACCAACUAGGUAUAUUGGCAACUCAGAAAGUAUAAGGUUUGUCUGCCCCUGUAUUUUCAGAGGAAGUUACUACUUCACACCUGAGGAAGCUUACAUAUUAAUUUACAGAAACUAACCAUAUAUCAAUUAUAGCUGCAACUAUAACAAUGAAAGGAUUCCCUAUAAUGCUGUUCUUGAUUAUAGGACAGUUUAAUUUACUUAACCACCUGGGAAGAGGAAGAGGCUUCUCCCCUAGCUUCAACAUGGAGAUUUUGGUUGUAUACACUCAUGGAUAACAUUAAUAACUGGCUGACAUCUGUGCUUUGGUCUUGUGAAUCCAUAUCACGUGACAUUCAUUGGAAUGUUCAAUCAUGUUCUGCUGAGAGAAGCUACAGUUGAACGUGCCCAUGUGUAUAUAUGUGGGCUUUCAUUUUAAGAAGCUAGGACAGGUCAUCUACGUGUUUGAAAUUUUAAAUUCCAUAGUGAGAUUGUUAAAAGGGCAAAAUUAGAGACAGUAUUUCUUUGCCACCCUCUGUACUUCCAGCUCAUGUUGGGAAAACUCUCUAAAGCCAGCUUUUGCUAGCACAUUGAUAUGAAAAAUAGUGAAUUCUGUAUAAUUGUUCCAUGGAUUCUUCAUACUUUAGAAAGAACUACUGGUGAAUCCACAUUAUGACUCGACUAGUGGGCUGUGGUAUGGUUAGGAUUUUCCUACUUAGAUACUUUUACCUGUAGAAUAUUUUUACUAAGGUGCUUUAUAACGUGUUUUAAAGCAUUGCGUUUGCAAAAGAAGUAAGAUGCUGUAAAUAAUGCAUAUUUUAUGUAUUUGGACCAAAAGGUUACAACUAAUAGUUUGAACUGUUUUUGCACCAGUUUUGUUUGUGUGUGAAGUAAAACCAUCCCAUCUGCUGUUCAAAUUCCAGUUUUGAAUUGACUCUUGGACAUCACUGAAACGCACUUCAAUGACUUUGACAACUUUAAAUGCAAAAUGGGUCUGACCAGGAGCCCUCUUUACUGAAAACUACUUAAUCUGCAUUUUAAAAUCAUGCUUUAAAAGAGGAAAAGGAAAACGGAAGCAUGUGGCUUGGCCAAGAGAGAAACAAAGACAUUGUCAUCUAUGUCAUGUUACUGAAGCUGCCUUUCGUUACUUCAGCAAAUUUGCAUUUUCCAUUCUCAGCACCUUAUAGACAUGAGAUCAUUUGGUUACUUCCACAUUAUUAAAAUGUGAAGAAAAUUCUAGAAAUGCAUAGUUCUAAAAAAAUCUCUAGUUGCUCAUGCUUUACCAGCAGUUUUUUUUUAAAACAGUAUUAAAAUUUUCCGUAAGGUUCAGCCUUUGAACAUCACAUUCUAUAUGUUGGGAGUAUAAUGUAAAUAUAUUGGUAGGGGAAUAUUUCACCAAAAUUGUGUAUCUGCUAAACGAUCACAAAGAGGUUGACUGUCCCCUAUAUGCUGAAUGUUUGAUGCCAAAAACAUAAUCUUAUUUUAAAAGGGUAAUGGGACUGUUAAACAAAGCAUUUAAUUUACUGUAUUAUUUAGUUUGCUUUAAUCUUGACUUUAAAAAAUAGCACUGCCUUUCGCUUUUUCCAGUUGGCAAUCAUUUUUCACAUUUUUUUUUCUUUUACUGCAUUACUGUAAAAGUGUUUGUAGCCGUGUUGGCCAACUGAAUGAUACGUAGGAACAUGAAAUGAACUUUAAAUUGACUGGCUAUUUAAAAUAUAGCAAAUUUUUGAAACAAUGUGUUCACCCUCAGGUGUUGAUGCUUAGAGCACAACUAAAAUUUUGAUGGUCAAGACUGAUGGCUGUGUAAUAGAUCUAGAAAUUCCAUUCUUAUGUGUAGGGAAGGUACUCACCUGCCUCCAAUACCUGGGGCAGAGUUGCACAGAGUUUUCUAGCACCAGUUCUACCUGUCAGGCUGGAGACUAAAAGUAUGAAUGUGAAAUGAUUUUCCAAGCGGAUCUUGGGUCAUGCAUGGUACAUAUUGUCCAUUGGAAAUUGAUAAUCCCUGGCAAAAUUGUUGAUGUGCCUCAAAGCAGAGAGGAAGAAUAUGGGUUAUUUGUCUACUUGAACAUUGCCUCUAUGAGCAUCUUUGGCGAUUCAUGUGUCUCAGAAUCAGUGUAGUAAAUGACUACACAGACGACAUAGAUAAUAAUAUAACAGUUAGAAAGACACCCUUCCCAGGUGUCCAUCUUAAACAAAUGCUCUGGCAGCUGUAUAUAGAUUGGCCCAGUUUUCAUAACUCACAAAUAGAAUCAGUUACAUUCUACUUUAUAAACCAACAUCACUCAGUACUACUAUGGUUGGAGAAAAUGAAUUAGACCCCCCACCCCCCAAAAGCUUGUAGAGUGCAUCUGUGCCAGCUUCCUGUGCCAGCUGCAGUGUUUCCCCCAGUCUCACAAGUUGUUUCUGAGGGUCAGGAACUUCAAGAAUAGCAUAGGAUAUAGGAGGGGCUGCAGCUUGAGUGGAAACUUCACAGAACUCCUUGAAUAAGCAGAAAUGCCCCUUUAGAUCCAGACAAGCAUUUCUCAUAAAAUUCUGAUUAGCUGUAUGAAGAGGUAUAGAAUUUUUAAAAGAGAGGUUGCUGCAGUAUAAAAAGGUAGUGGCAAAAAUGAGAAAUUCAUAGUGCCCUUUUUAGUGAAUAUGGAAGGUGAUUACUUUGAGGAAAAUUAUGACUAGACCUUUACUGCUCCAUCCCUUCUGGAAUAAACUGGGUUUUGCUCAAGUUUCUGAUUUGAAGCUGUCGUCAUGUACUUUAAGAGAGAACACUGAAUAAAAGUAUUAAUGUUUACAAAGUGAAAUACAGGCCUCUAAACACAAACAUACUUGCAAUCUUACAGAAGUAAGUGAAAAUGUGAUGUAUAAUCUGCUUAUUUUGACAGUGUUUAAAAGAUUGCCUAGGGUUUUAAGGUAAUGUGAUGUUGAAGGAGAAGUGAUAAUAUUGUGAAAGAUUUUCUAGCUUUUAAUGGCCUCAGAGAAGCUUUGGAACUUUUGGUGGAUUGUUUGAUGCCAUAUUUGGAUAUCACAACAGAUGUUCUCCCAAACCCUUCCAGAAAAUGACUGAAAACUUCCAGGUUUCAUAAUCUCUGAAUCAGUGUCCAGUUUACCAUGAUAUCCAAAGGCAGGCAGCUGGGCAAUGGAGUUUGUUUCCUUUCCAUGAGCAUUCAAAACCGAACUUAAGCUGAGGCUCAGAAUUUGGAUAUCACAGGAAAUUGAAACUUGUUUCAAGGCUUCCAAAAUCAGGAAGCUUUAAUUCGUGCUUUACAAGUGAGAGAGCACACAAGCAUCCAAACAGACUAUUUUAUCAGUCACAGACUAGCCAGAAGUUUGUCAUACAUCUGAAUGUGUCCUGUAUUUCAGUAAUUGGAGGGAAGUUAGUCAGGGCUUAAGUGCCUGGUGUACUAUAUAAUCUCUUACCACCUUUCACUAAAAUUGUUGUUCUCUGCUUCACCAGUCUACUUAAGUUGUUCCUUAAACCCCCCCCCCCCCCCGCGCUUCACUUUACCAGAAUCUUCCAAAUAUUCUGAACCCUUAUUUCCUGAAAGCAAAGCAUUAAACGAAGCUAUUUUGUUUUGGAGGGGUUUUUUUCACUAGUUGCAUUUAUGAAGUGUUGAUACAAAGAAAUCAAAGCCCUAAAUAUGUUCUUUGGAAAAUAACUUUUUUAAAAAGUGACAUGCAAAAUAUACUGUGUAAACAAACUAACAAAAUCUGAAAUCACAAUGUUAAAGGAUAUCUUGUGAGUAAUGCAAAACACAUCAAAAUAGCAUGUCAUUUUUAAAGUGAUGUUAAAAUCUUUUAUGAAUCUGUUAGUAUAGUUCAAAGGUGUAUUGCAAUAGUUUUGAAACUGUCACUUGAUGGUUAGAUUAAUGUUCACAUGCCAAUACUGGCCUCAAAACUUCAUCACUGACUGAAAAGUGACGCUGUUCAAGUGCUUGAAGCAUAGAUCAACAGUCUCUGAAGAAGACCAGUGUGCUAAUGCCUCACAAAUGUCUUAGUAAUGACAUUUUGGUGCUACUGUUUAAGAAUUAUGUUUAGACACCUGAGCCAUUGCAUAAACUUCAGAAGGCUAGCAUUUACCACCACAGUUUGGUUUCUCAUGUUUAAUAGAAUGAUACUGUUCAUAUUUUGAUGUGUUUUGUGUUUAUAUUUGACAAUGUGACUAAGGAUGGACUUUUUGCAUACUAGUCAAGGUUUUUCAUCUUUGGUUGUAUGUCAUCCGUAAAUUAAGAAAGGAAAUGGAGCCAAGGUGGAUAAAAUCAAAGACCUAAAAUCAUCAAAUGGGGUCAUGGUUCUGGAUCCAUGAUUCCAAGUGCGGUACUACAGGCUACACUAUUGUGAUUAAGUGCCCCCCACUUCACAGUUCAAAAGCUAAUUCUGGUUUGCCAGUUAGCUGUUAACCUGGGCUGAAUCAGUAAUGGUCGCAGAAUAAGUGUACAGCUCUGAUGAUCUGGAAAUAUUUAAGGUAUGCAUUAAAAAACAGCCAGUGAGAGCAUUUUAUUAGGUGACAUUUAUUCAAAUCCUUGAUUUUUAGUUUGUCAAUAUACUGUUUUUCGUUUUUUAUAAUAUUUCAUAAAUAUUUCAUAAAUUUAAUAUUUCAUAAAUUUUAGUAGGUAACACAGAUCUUUUAUGUCAGGCAUAAAGUUCCUGAUUUAUAAACCUGGCCCUGAUCCAGUGAAACCUUGCAUUAGCUUGUUAACUUUUCCCUACCUCCCCUUUCAUCUAAUUGGAGAAAAUAUAUUUUUGUGCAUGUAUCUCUCUCUUGAAGGCAAAGGAAAACUAUCACAUUGAGAAAUUCCAUUUGUGGUUGUGAAAUCUGGAGAAAAGCAUUGCAGCACAUGUGUGCAUUUGUUGUCUUUGCAAACAAGGGUUAGCCCCAGUUAAUCAGUUUUGGAACCUCUAGCUCAUACACUAUGCAUCUCAAAGGUGGUGGUCUUAGAAUAGCCACAGUCAUUUACUUUACAGGUUUUUAUCCAUUUAGAAAUUUUUUAAAAAUCAACCAUAUUUAUGGCAAAUUCUGACUUUUGAUACAUCUGGCAACAGUUGCGUUAUAGGCUUCAGUAGUCAGUUUACAGGUAUAGAGCAAAAACACCCUACACACGAAACUUUGGACCAUGUGCUCAAAUGGGCUCCUACUCAUAUGAGUCAUCUUAGGUGAUCUAAUGCUAAUGUAUUCUUGAUCCUGAACAUUUUCCUCUCUUUACAAUAUUAAAUUCUUGUUAAAUGUGCUUGGGAAUAAGACCCCACUAACUUCAAUUGGGACUACCUUCCAAGUAAAUAUGCAGCUGAAGUAGGAGGGUGGUUUUUUUUGAAAUUGCGGUAUUAGCAAUGUUUUGUAUGAGGAAAACGAUAUCUGUGAUGCCUAAGCUAUGCUGCAAAGACUUUUGUGCUGACAAGCCUGUAUCAUGUGCACUGCCAAUUUAGCUCUUAAACAGGGAGCAUUUUGUGACUACUAGAAAUCACACUAGUUAGAGUGAGUGUAAUCACUGAUCAGUCACCUGGAUAUAUCCUACUUUGAGCCUUUGCAAAUCUGUAACCUUUUGCAGCACCUAUUUAUAAACCAGAAGCCUUGUAGCAACAAGGGUUUUACAGCAGGUACGCUAUAAAUCUGUUUAGACACUCGUAUUUCUCUCAUACUUAAAUUUUAGAAGACAAAGCUAUAGCUUCUGUGUUAGAGUUAGAUGGUGAGCAUUUCAAAACAGUGUCGAAUGUAACUUUGAGAACAUGGAUUGUGCCUCUUCUUUUUUCCCAAAAUACACAGCUAAAUAGUGCCUUUUCCCUUCACAAUCCAUGUUGAAAAUGCUCACCCCUUCUCUCUGUUUCCCUUUUUCUUCUCAUACUGAUUCUGUUGUGCAAUACUCUUCCAAAUUUGAAACAUUUGUCACAUGUUUGAGACAUGAUUGUUUAGUUUGUUUCUUGCUUUGCUGAGAACUUUCUGUUGCUGAAGUGUUUAAGUUGAUUACCUGACACAAAUGAUAUAUAAAAUAAAAUAUCCAUUGGGAAAGGGGG